CUGCUUCUUCAAUUUUUAUUUUGUUUCCUGUCAUAAUUUUUAUUUUUAUUUUGCAUAUGAUGAAAUUAUUUUUCAUUUUUUUAUGUAUGUUGAAUUGUAUGAUUUCUUUACUAGUAUGUGUUGUGUUGUUUAUUGUGAAAAUUCUAUCUGCUUCAUGACAGGGGUAAGAUAUUGGCAAUAGCUGCAGCAUCUUAUGGGAAUGGAGUAUAUGUAUCUUCUUGUCUCCUUCUUUGUGAUUGCAGUCUUAGGGUUUGUCUUUGUAAUCUUCUUUGAAGCCUAUAGAAGAAGAAAUAACCAUGAGCAUGUUGAAGUUCCGGCUAUUUUUGAGGAUCCUAAUUCAUUGAAACAGGUUCCUUGCCCACACAUUGUUGAUCCAGCUGCAAAGUAUAUCUCUUUGAUAAUUCCUGCAUUCAAUGAGGAGCAUAGGCUUCCUGGAGCUCUUGAGGAAACUAUGAAUUAUCUUCAACAACGUGCUUUAAAGGAUCCUUCAUUUUCAUAUGAGGUUAUAAUUAUUGAUGAUGGAAGUGUUGAUGGGACUAAAAGAGUAGCUUUUGAAUUUGUAAGGAAAUUCACUGUGGACAAGGUAAGGGUCAUCCUUCUUGGAAGAAAUCAUGGCAAGGGAGAAGCAAUCAGAAAAGGAAUGUUGCAUUCACGUGGUGAAAUACUUCUUAUGCUGGAUGCUGAUGGAGCAACUAAGGUCACUGACCUAGAAAAGCUUGAAAGUCAGAUUCGAGCUGUUGCCAAAAAGGAAUUUCACCAUGGAGAUUCAAGCGAUAGUGAUCCUAGCUUUAGAAUAUCUGAUAUCCCUGUAGCUGUAUUUGGUUCACGAGCUCAUCUAGAGGAGAAAGCUUUGGCUUCAAGGAAGUGGUACCGCAAUUUUUUGAUGAAGGGGUUUCAUCUUGUGGUUCUUUUGGCUGCUGGUCCUGGAAUUCGUGAUACACAGUGUGGUUUCAAGAUGUUUACUAGAGCUGCAGCCAGGAAGCUUUUUUCAAAUGUCCGCUUGAAAAGGUGGUGCUUUGAUGUUGAAUUAGUCUUUCUGUGCAAAUGGUUUGGGAUCCCAAUUUCAGAAAUUUCUGUGAAUUGGUCCGAGAUUCCAGGAUCUAAGGUGAAUCUUCUGAGUAUACCUAACAUGCUUUGGGAGCUUGUGCUCAUGUCUAUGGGAUACAGGACUGGUAUGUGGAGAAUUUCUAAUUCUACCUGAGCUUCAAUGAUAAAUUUCAACUGGGAAGAAAAGCGGCAUUUUCCUAUCAAAAGAAGACUGACCUCUUAUCUGAGAACCUAGAUUAUACUCCCAUGCCGGGCUUGAGGGACAAUAAUGCUAUAUUCAAAUUUUGUUGGACUAACCAUAACCUUCAGGAUUUUGCCGUUCAGGUUGGGGUCAUGGAGGCUUUGGUUUUUUACUGUUGCUAUUUCUUCUUGGUAGACAUAUUCAACAAUUCAUACUGAGAAAAGCUCCUGAUCACAUUAGUUUGCAUUUGUUUUCUUACGCAACCAAAAUAUUAUAUAGAUUACUUUUCAUUCCUUUGUUGCCAUUUGAAAGACAUUAUCUAACACUGGUAAGUCGUUGAUGCAUUUUGCACAUCAUCCUGGAAGUAAAUGGUAUGCCUGCCUGUUAAUACUGCGUUAGCAAAGCCGCGUACUCUGCCUAUAAAACAAGAAGCUGAAACCUUUUUGUUUUUGGUUGUUUGUUGUUGUCGUUUUUUCUUUAUUUUUCUUUCUGUUCUUAUGCUUUGGUUGCAAAUUGUAUAAUACAUUGACAUUGA